AUGAAGUCGGUUCAAAGGGACGAAACAGACAAUGCCACGACCAGUGCUAGGUCAAGACCGCCUUACGUUCAACGCAGGUCAAGUCGGCAGGCUUCGUCGCAGGACAGACAUGGUAAGGUAUUCGCAGACGAAAAUCACACCACGAUCCGUGCAGUAACACCCGAAUCUGGGGCAUAUCCCACGUUUCACGACGACCCUGUGGAAGCAUCGCCCAUUCGUUCGCCGGUACUGUCAUCAUCUCGUACCACGCAUUCUCACCGAAGUCGUGAGGCGUCGGCGUCAGUAUCGAAUACUGACGAGGAGAGUACCGUUGAGAGAAGGAGGCGGAAGGCCCAAACAAGACCACUUGGUAAAGAAGACCUACCGCUGGACACUUCACCCAACUCGUUCAUGUCCAAAACCCGGAAGCGCCUCGGGUCCAUAACAACAGGACCUGCAUUGGCGCAACGCGUUGACCAGCCUUACGAGUCUAUCGGGUUUCCUUCGGUGGUGAACGGCCCUGAAAUUUUGGCGCAGACCGUUCCUCGCAAUUCCCCCGGAACUCCACGUCGGCCGUUCACUCCCGAUCAGAUGUUUCCUGGGAGUGCUGCUACUAUCCGAUCGCCCACUUUGUUGGACAUUGAUUCGGCCAAAAUCCUGCAUUUGAUGAAGACCACCUGUGGACGCAUGCACGGAAUUCUCUUUUUCCGGCCUCUACAUACCACGGCAUGGGCUUCUGGGUAUUGUGCCAUCAAUGUUGCGCCUGGAACACUUGUUUGCCAAACAAAAGGAGAAGUUACACAAUCUAGAACAUUGAUAGCAGACUUGAGGGGCUGCACAGUCCGAACCCAUUAUGACCACGAAUCCCACAGUACCUAUCUGAGUGUCUUGGUUUCAUCCUCCGGGACGGGCUAUCAGCUUCGUCCACCGGUCCCAGAGACAUUUGAUUCCUGGCUUGCAGCCUUGCUUUGCUGGCAGCCACUGCGGCCGAAGGGGAUACACAACAAAAUGACGAAACCUCAACCUAUUGGCAUGACCGACCAAAAAUCACCGUCUCAAAGGCGCGUGUCGGACGUCGCCAGCCCCAGGAGUACGGCCAUCGUCAAAGUUGGAAAGAUGCUAUUAUGGGACGGCCCCUUGCCGUCAGGCUCGCAGCUUGCGUUGUUCUCCAACGGUACCGGUCGUACAGCCUAUGAAACGAAUCCCCGCUGGCGCAAAGUGAGUUCUACCCUGCAUGAGAAUGGUACUCUACGGUUGUUUGGAGACAUCGAUCCCCGGGUGGUCUCUGUAACACACUUGUCCCAACUCUCUCGAUGUGCCAUUCAAAGGCUUGAUGAAAGUGUGCUCCGGAUGCCCCGUUGCAUCGCCAUAUGUUCCCAGUACCGCGUGCAUGCCGUGCCCGGAACAACUUCAAGGCCUCUGGUACUGUGCCUUGAAAGCAAUGUUGCUCUGGAGGCCUGGUUCGUUCUUCUCCGCGCACUUACAGUGCCAGAGCUGUACGGUCCGGAACGACAGCUUUCUUAUGAUGUACCCACGCCCUCGGACAAUGAUGGUCGGCAUCAGGGCAGGUCAACUCAAGGAAUGUUCCGGAUAGAACGUUCGUUGUCGGUGAAGAUAACGGAAGCGAAAUUUACUCAGCGCCCUGCUGCUCCAGAGGAGCCUCGCGACUCCCACAAAUCCAAGAGCAAACCUACAGACGCAGGCGAGAGCAGAGAUUACGUCUACGCCGAAGUGUUACUUGGCAAGGACUUACGUGCACGCACAACUACCAAAUCGAACGUCGGUUCAGCCUUUUGGGCGGAAGAGUUCAACCUGGAAGAUAUUCCAGCCGCACUGUCCAAAAUCACAAUCGCAUUGAAGCUUGAAAAUCCUGCUGAGAAAGAAUGGACUGCCAUCUCGGAAAGCUUCAACGACAUCUCUGCAGAGGCAGAAUAUCUGGCUGGCCUUGAUGGACUGGAGAUCUCCUCUCACGAUCCGAUCUUCGGCCGACUAGAUAUAUCAAUAGAUGAGCUGGAACACAAGGCUACGCUUGAGAAAUGGUGGCCUUUAUUAGACAAUAAUGACCACUCGGUUGGUACAUUGUUGGUACGAGUGGCACUUCAAGAGACCGUGGUUUUGAUCGAAGAAGAAUAUAAAGAGCUCUCCGCCCUUCUGCAAAACUUCUCGAACGGCUUGACCACGCAGAUUGCUCGUCUACUUGGACCAGAUCUUCGCCACUUGUCUGACCUCCUGUUGGACGUUUUCCAAUCCUGUGGCUCAGCUAAUGAAUGGAUCAGUAACCUCAUCGAGGAAGAAAUUGACGGUAUCAACAGAGAUGGACCUCCGUCGCGGAUGAGAUUCAGUGGUCGUAUACAUUCUAACGACUCGUUCGAAUCCGCCGAACAAAGAGAACUCCUCGUUCGAGACCUAACUCGAUCGGCAACCAUGGAGGCGAAUCUCCUCUUUCGCGGCAACUCGCUGGUAACCAAGGCACUUGACGCUCACAUGCGCCGUCUCGGCAAAGAUUAUCUGGAAGAAGUCCUCGGGGAGAAGCUUCGAAUGAUCCUGGAGCGCAAUGCCGACUGCGAAGUCGAUCCAAAUAGGGUCGGCUCCCUUGAACAACUGGGCCAGAACUGGGCGAACCUGUUGUUCCUGACCAAAGCUAUCUGGAAGUCGAUAGCUGUCUCAGCAUCCCGGUGCCCGAUGGACUUGAGAGUGAUAUUCCGCCUCGUCAGGUCUUGUGCUGAGGACCGUUAUGGGUCUUUCAUUCGGACGGUCAAAUAUACCAGUGUGUCUGGCUUUCUCUUUCUGCGGUUCUUUUGUCCCGCAGUCCUGAACCCGAAGCUCUUUGGCCUGAUACAAGUGCCAGAUCACCCGCCGGAUCGGACCAAAAGGACAUAUACCCUGAUUGCCAAGUCCCUGAAUGUGCUUGCAAACACGGCACGGUUCGGGACCAAGGAGCCUUGGAUGGAGCCGAUGAACAAGUUUCUGGCCGCCUCCACGAACGAGUUCAAGAGUUUCAUCGAUGAGAUCUGUGCUGUGAGCUCAACUCAGAUUGCAUCAGCAAAUUUCGAGCCUCAGUUUGCUGCCCCCAACCAGAUACGAAGCCGGCUUCCAGCUAUGUCGCGAGAAGGAUUGCCCAGUCUACCAUUCCUUCUGGAUCAUGCAAAGUUACUCGCGCAGCUUGUUGACUUGUGGAUCUCGCACGCUCCUGCAAAUAUUGACGCCGCAACCAACGAUGAAGCUGUACAUGCUUUCCAUGCCACUUGUGCGAGGCUGAGUCAGGCGAGCAAAGAGUGUUUCAAGGCCGCAGAACAAGCCGAGCGGCCUGAUGUGAAAUCCGAAUCCGCAUGGCAGCAGGCGCUCACAGACCAGCAGAGGACCAUGUCGCCGGACCCUUUCGACCCACCCCCUUUGAAAGUCCUUGCGGACAACGAAAUAACAGCCUUGCCACAAAUGGCGAGGUCCAUGUUGGAAACGGAAAACCCGACCACAGAACUGUCACCAGGGGUCGGCGAGGUAGACAGUACACCUUCUAGUUCAGCAUCAGCCGCCUGGGAUAGACGCAUUCCCUUCCCGCAUCGGGCGGCAGAUGCUCGAGCCUUGACCGACUCGACUAAUUCAUCGUCGGCCUCGAUUGAUCUGAUCGAGGAAGGACGUUCACGACCUACGCUGAACAGUCGGGACGGUUCAUCGAAGAACCGCCUGUUCGAGCUGAUGAGCACUUCUUCACGCAGGAAAACCCGGACUGGAGACCGGCAUUAUGUGGAGGACGACUCCAAUGAAGUUUGA